AUGGCUGUUGCCUUUGAUGAAUAUCCACAUAGUAGAAGAAUGGUUAGAAGAAAAGCAAAACUUAUUUGUCAACAAUAUGAACAACGUUGGAAAAGAAAAGAUUCUUUAAGUUCAUUUGAUAGUGCAGCAGAAUUUAAUAUUUCUUCUUCUAAUCAACAAAAUAAAGCAAACGAAUUAAUGGAUAAAAGAGAAGAUGAAGAAGCAGAUGAUGAUUGUUAUUAUUUUAUGGAACAUUCAUCUUCGAGUAUUGAGGCUAAACUUAAUGAAAUUCAGAGAAAUGUUAAUUUAAUAACUAAUGAAUUGGAAAUUGCUGAAAGGAAUUUUUUGGUUAGAAAAAAUAAUUAUUUUAUUUACAUUACUAGAAUAAGGGGUUAUAUUUAA